CUACACAAAAAAUGGAAAAUGUUAUGUUGUUGACAAGUGAAUUGUUGAAUUGAAUAAGAAUUAAAAUAUUCGUAGCUUUGUGAAUCGUGAACCGUGAAAGAUAAUUUUUUGUACCUACUUAUUUUACUUGAACUUUGCUUGAACUUUAAAAAUAGAUUUAAGAAUAUACCUACCUUAUCCAACCAAGCAUAUCAUUAUUAUGCGUAAACUAGUAAAACACGUUUCAAAAGUCAGGAUACUUCCUAUUUGAUAAGUCUUAUAAUGUACUAGACUAGAGACUACGUUAAAACAGUGCAAAUGUCGUUUUCUGUUCCUCUUCUGCAGUUUGUGGCUUCUUUGGAUCUAUUUGCAGUUGGUCUCAUAGUGCCAUUAAUACCUAACCAUGUGCGACAGAUGGGAGGUAACCACAUUUAUAUUGGCCUACUUGGCUCAAUAUAUGCAGGUUUUCAAUUGUGGUCAGGUCCAGUUAUAGGUAGCUUGAGUGACCUGAAGGGACGGAAACAGAUACUAAUUUUAACAUUAUUAGUAUGUUGUGUAGCUUAUUUGAUAUUGGGAGGAACAAAUUCUAUUGCAAUUAUUUUACUAAUGCGAGCAGUUCUAGGUAUAUUUAAACAAACUCAAUUGUUGACAAAGGCGUUGGUCCCUGAUUAUGAGAAGGAUGAGAAGAAACAGUCUGUGAUUUAUGGAAAAAUGGCUGCAAUAUCUGGUGUGGGAAUCACAAUAGGACCUGUAAUUGGUGGUCAUAUCGUAGAGGAUCAUCCAAUUCAUGGCUUCAGCAUUGCAGCUGUAUUAGUAUCCAUCUGCUUUCUUGUCAAUGCUUGUCUUGUUUAUCUGCUGCCGAAAGUAAAUGAUCCUGUAAGAAAAAAAUCUAAUCCUACCAGCUCUUCUCAUAAUAUUCUACAAUCUCUUUUAUCUUGUAGUAAACAAUCUUUUGUACAGUUGUCGAAAGUAGAGUGGUCCAAAUAUUGGACUAUUUUUAUGUUUCAAGCCCUAAAUAGUUUUGCAAUGGGUGUUUACUUUUCAAAUUAUGCGCUAUACUUAAAAACCCAGUAUGGCCUUUCACCAAAAUAUAUUGGGUAUGUUGUUUCGAUUCAAGGUGUUAUUGGCGCCAUAUCAAGUUUUAUGAUGGGCUACAUUAACAGCUUUUACACUCAUGACAAAGAUUAUAGCAUAAGAAAUUAUCAUGUAUUUAUUCUGUUAAGUGCAUCUUUGUUAGGAAUAUGUUUAUCUAUCAACAUUGUAAUGUAUACUGCUUUGUUAAUUCCGCUAGCUAUAGGUAAUGCAGUAGGUAGACUAGUUACAUUAGAAAUGGUAUUGAAGAGGAGUCAUGGAGAUCAUAGAGGGACCUUGAUAGGAGCUUCAAAUAGUGUCAGAUCUCUAUCGGGUGUUAUAGCACCGUUGGUAGCUGGAUUUGUAGGUGAAUUCUUUGGUGUAGCAUAUGUUAUAUAUGCUUCAUUCUUUUCCACAUUUGUUGGACUUAUAAUGAGUUUUCAUUACAAAACCAAACAGUUAAAGGUAGACUAAAAAGUUUGGAAAUGGAUUGGUAUAUGUUUAUUAUAAAAAAAUUAUACACACUAC